UUUUGUGCUACACGGCAGGCUAACUGGCCAGGCGAGGGGUCUCCAUCAGAAGGAGGCGGAGAAGCCUGCAAGCAGUAGAGAGAGAGAGAGAGAGACUGAACCUUCCCUGGAGAAUCGGGAAGCUCUUCCACACAGGAAAUAGUUAUUAGAAAGGCUGUACAAUGUCCGACUUUGACAGCAACCCGUUUGCAGACCCGGACUUCAGCAAUCCCUUUCAGGAUCCUUCGGUGACGCAGGUGACCCAGUCUGCCCCUCCUGGUGGUCUGGAGGAGUAUAACCCCUUCACAGACGCCAGAACGGCGGCACCUGGAAAUGCCCCCAAAUCUGCUCCUGCCCCAGCUCAGAACACACAACCUGCCAUCAUGAAGCCCACAGAAGAGCCGCCAGCUUACUCACAGCAACAGACUCAGAGGCGUAAUGAGGACCAAGCACGUGCUCAGGCUGAGCUGUUGAGAAGGCAGGAGGAGUUGGAGAAGAAAGCAGCAGAGCUCGAUCGCCGGGAGAGAGAGUUACAGACCCACGGAGCAGCAGGUCGUAAGAAUAACUGGCCUCCAUUGCCAGAGAAGUUCCCAGUCGGCCCCUGUUUCUACCACGAUAUCGCAGUGGACAUUCCUGUACAGUUCCAAAAGACCGUCAAGAUCAUGUACAACCUUUGGAUGUUUCAUGCAGGCACUCUCUUUGUCAACAUGUUCGGCUGUCUGGCCUGGUUCUGUGUGGAUGCAUCUCGUGGUAUAGAUUUCGGCCUGGCCAUGCUCUGGUUUCUGCUGUUCACCCCGUGUUCUUUCGUCUGCUGGUACAGACCACUUUACGGGGCUUUUAGGAGUGACAGUUCAUUCCGCUUCUUUGUCUUCUUCUUCGUCUAUAUCUGCCAGUUUGGAGUUCAUGUUCUACAAAGUAUCGGCAUCACCGGCUGGGGAACAUGUGGUUGGAUUGCAGCUUUGACUGGUCUGAACACCAGUAUCCCAGUGGGCAUCAUCAUGUUACUGAUCGCAGCUCUGUUCACUGCACUGUCUGUGGGCUCGCUCAUUAUGUUUAAGAAGGUGCACGCACUGUAUCGCACCACUGGUGCUAGUUUCGAGAAGGCUCAGCAGGAGUUCGCUACUGGGGUCAUGUCUAACAAGACUGUUCAGACUGCAGCCGCCAACGCUGCCGCCAAUGCUGCAACCAACGCUGCUCGUGGAGCCUUCAAAGCUCAGCCAUAAACACACACACACACACACACACACACACACACACACACACACACACACACACACACUUAGACAUGCUCUGUCACACAUACAAGCUUAUAAAUACAGUAAGUUGGAGGUGCACAACUCUGGCCCUGCAGGUGAUCGGAUACAUUUAAUUCUGUUAUUGAAUGUUUCGCUCAGAUCUCCCUGCGCCCUUUGCUUAAAACUUGCAAAGAAUUUUUAAGAGGCAUUAAAAACAAGAGUUUAAUUAAAUAGGGUGACCAGAGUUGUCCUUCUUCAAUUAAAUGAAGCAUUCAGUAAAGAAAAAAAAAACCUCCUACAUCUUUCCUUUCUGCUUUUCAGUCCGAUGACUGUCUGCUCACAAACCUUGAAACAUCCACUAAGUGACUUAGUGUAUGUUAGACCUAGUGUUCUGCUCUGAGUGAGUGGGAUUUGAUCUCAAAUUAUGUUGCUCCAUUCCUCGCUUACCCUGUUCCUCUGUCACCUUGAGGUGAUCCUAGGUCAGGCAGAGGUUGCAUUUUCUAGCAUACCUUGUUUUUGUCACGGUGAUGACCUCCGAACAGCCUCCUGCCUGUUUAUAAUACAGUCAUGAAAAAUGAUAAUCGAAUUAUGGUGUUUUGCACAUACUAGUUCUGUUUUCUUGGUCAAAUACUGAAAGUACGGUGAAUGUUUGAAUGGUUGGGCCUGUAUGUGAAUGUGAACUCUCACUUUUUCUAUAAUCCAAUACUUGGUCACUGAGAUCUGAAAGGUAAAUUAUACCUUGUCCCAUAUGUGUGCUUCUAUCUGAGACAAAUAUCAUCCUGGUAAUUUAUGAAAAAUAAGAAUAUGUUCUUAUGUGAGAACCUGCCCGCCGCCCCUACAGCGCCCCAGUGACACAUGUCAGUCAAACAAAUAUUCACUCUUUGUGUGCUUCUUUGAUCGGCAGUGUGGGCUGGGUCGGCAUCGUCGCAGCUUAUUGAGAUUUGGCCGCAUGAGAAGAACAUGCAUGAUUAGCACACUUGAGGAAGCGUCAAGUAAUUCCGGCUGUUUUUUUUUUUUUUUUGGGGGGGGGGGGGUGUUAUUUAUUUUCCCUCUGUUUCUGUGAAAAGUGGGCUUUAAAGUUACUGCAUGUCCCAGUGGCUAUCUGAUCGAUACAGUUUUGGAUUUUUUUUGCGCAGAUGUACUGACGACACCCUGUUCCCACCACAAACUUUUAAAGAGGCUCAGUCAGAUAUUAUGACGUCCUGGUGCGCUAAUAGGGGAGACAAAGUUAAGAUACAUUUUCAUCUUCAUCUUUUUAUGUGUGUUUGACACUAACAGACUACUGUGUUGCUCAUCUCUUUGUUGUUUUUGUAGCCCCUUACACUCGCUUACAAAUCUUAACGCUGCUAUAAAUCAUCUCAUGUUUAAAGAGACACAUACUGCACCACACAAAGGGGGAUAAGUGGCCUGAACUGGACAGCUAUAAACCUAUGAUUCUUAAAAGACGUAACUAGUCCUUUUUCAUUAUUACAUACAGAAAAUCAUCUCUGUCAGUGAGGGAUUACUGGGCUUCAGAAGUUUCAGAGCUGAAAAGAAACAUUAAGAUAACAGAGGACUGGACUUAAUGUACAUUCAGUGAUAUCGCUAAGAUACAUGAAUUCAUACAAUAACAGUGUUAUCCAGCACGAAGCUGUACAGACUACUGUCACAGAAGUGAGUGAUGGACAUGGGUUACUUUUCUUGUUGUGCUUUAGCAUCUCAUAGCGGUGGUGAGUGUCUGAAGAUGUGCAUGACAAGAGGACUGAUGACUGAUCCUGCUUUGUUCCAAACGUAUGAUGAACUGAACAUUAUAGUGGACUAAGUACUCCAGAGAUUGUUACACAUGUAGAAGUCACCGAUUCAUCAUUGAAAACCAUAAGCUGACAGCUUAGUUGGCAGUAUUGUUUUUGUUUGAAAUUCAUUGCACAUUUCUUGUUCUAUGUUGACCUUAGUGCAAAAGACAAAACCUUUUUAUUUAUAAUGUAAUUUAAGUUGUUUGCUUUUCAAUUUUGUUGGGUUGGAUUUAACAUUGUGUAUUAUGUUUGUGUGGUUUUGUAAAGACAUGAUCAUAGCAUCAGCUAGAUUGAAAAAGUGUUAAAUGACUUAUGUACCCUGCGGGAGGAGUGCUUGUGUAGAAGAGGACGUGUGUAUGAUUGGUAUGAAAGGAAAAGGUAAAAAAAAAUCUCCCUCAAGUGUUAUUCUAUGUCCUGAAAAGCUGUGAGAAAUCUACCAAAAUGUCCAUAUAGAUUUGUUUUUAAAUCUUGGUUUGUGAUGUGUUCCCUAGCUACGUUUAACGUUAGGAUAAUACACAACUUUCCCGUGCUACAAACACCCACUCGUUCUCCCGUACAUCUAGAGGUCGACACCGUUUCUAAAUGAAGCCAUGCCACAGAGGGUCAUUCCUUGAUGUGUCGGGAGAGCUGGUCUGCAACCGUGUUGUGAUCUGUGACCAUGAUUUCACUGAAUCAGAGAAGAAAGUCAUUCAAAAAGGGACACUUGUAUAUUUUGUAAAGUUGAACAUUUGAUCCCCAUUAUCAAUCACAUGUAAAAAGAAAAUGUAAUGCACUCUUGUCUGGCCUUCGUUGCAUGUGAAAUAGUUUGAGUUUUGUAUAUUUAUGGUAUUAACAUGAAAUAAAAUUUGAAAGAAAUAUU